AUGACCACCCCGGAUGCUUUCAGGGAUGCAGAGUACUUCGCCGACGUCUCUGGCAUCCCGGACCCCGGUGACGUCGCCGACCAUGACCAUGACCGUGACCAUGACAAUGGCCCUGACGAUGGCCCUGACCACGCUGCGACCCCCGCCCGGCAGGACCUGAGGCACGCUGUUCAGAAAAAGGCCAAAACCGCAUUGAUUGACCGGCUGCUGCGCGAGCUGGAUAUUGUCUUGUACUGCCAGCUGGCCGCCCUGUAUUAUAUGGACUGCUCUUUACUGCUCUUUGCUCUACGUGCAAUUGUACAGAUGAUAUUCUUCACCCCCAAAGCGCCCCCCUUCGACCCCACGAGAAACCAGCCCUUCAUCGGCGCCAUCUUCGGCAGCAACCUCCUGUGCAUGCUCCUCCAUUUCCUAUUCGUGCAUCCCGCUGCUGGCGAAGAAACCCGAGGCUAUCUGCAUGGAGGCCUUUUUAUUGAUUUUGUAGGACAAAAGGCCCCCGUGUCACGAUUCCGAUUUUUGAUAUUCGACCUUCUCAUUCUGUUGAUACAUUUGGUGAUGAUGGGCUUGAUUGUGGAGCGCGUGCGUAUGAAUGCCGGCCGACCGACGGCUACCGAUGGUACCGCCACUGUAUCGGACGAGACAACCCAGGAUCAUGAUGCCGAAGAGAGAGGCGUUCGCCGGGACGAGGAAAACGAUGCCUUGCCGGAGGCUAUGGAGACCGUUUUAGAUGAAGCAUUGGAACAUACAGAAUUACUUGCCGAGCCAGGAGAAGACGACUCUCGCCAGCUAGCCAAAGAUAGCCAUCCGCUGGAUACCUUUUCUUCAGGCGGAGCUCUCAUACUCGACCUAGGACUGGUUGAUGUCAUACGGGAUCAGUGGUCCUAUAAUCCAGCGACCACCUCACGCUCAGCCUUUGCGCCCUCGCCAGAGGCCACCUCCUUUCUGCGCGAGCAUCUUGGUAUUGAAGUUGGCCCCGAUGGCCGCGUCCUCAGGAUUCAGCGCGCCGACUCUAUAUUGACCAGCUUCCCGGACACCAUCAAACAAGCACGCCGGCCACCUCAACUGUUUCUCAGAUUCAACGAACAGUCAACUGAUGGGAGCAGUCAAUUGAUUCGUUUCGAUAUUGCGAACAUGGCAUCUGCAGCCAACCAUCGUCCCCGUCAAAAAAGGAAGCUCUUCCCAUCGACCUCCGGCUCCAACAAUGAUCUGAUUCUCGAACCCGGUUCUGCCCAAGCUGCGCCUGCUUUCCCUCUGGUUUCGUUCUUAUGGGGUGCGCGAGCAGGGACAUCACAAUGGAUUAGCCUUCCCUUGAUCCUCAUGGCCGUGGGCUUGUUCAGGUGGGCAGUGAGUUUGUGGGGAUAUUCAGGCUUUCAAUCGCCUCCUAUGCAUGGUGAUUUCGAGGCGCAAAGACAUUGGAUGGAGCUCACAACCCAUCUCCCUCUGACGAAAUGGUACUUUUACGACUUGCAGUACUGGGGUCUCGACUACCCUCCGUUGACUGCCUACCACAGCUGGUUACUAGGAAAAAUAGGUUCCCGAGUCGACCCUGCUUUCUUUGCGCUCGAUACCUCACGUGGAAUUGAGGACCCUCUUUUGAAAUUAUACAUGCGUGCCACCGUCAUCGUAUCCGAAUUUCUCGUGUAUAUUCCUGCUGUCGUCCUCUUUGUACGACGAUAUGCUCGUUUACACGGCAGCCCGGCCUGGUCAACCUCUAUUGCACUUGUUGCUAUCCUGAUGCAGCCGGCUACUAUUCUUAUUGACCACGGCCACUUUCAAUACAACACGGUGAUGCUGGGUUUGGUGGUUGCGAGCAUAGAGAGUAUUUUGACAGGCAGAUGGCCCCUUGCGUGUGCCUUCUUCGUGGCAUCCUUGGGAUUUAAACAGAUGGCUCUGUAUUACGCCCCGAUCAUGUUCUCUUUUCUUCUGGGAAGCUGUCUGUUUCCGCGAAUCAGAAUCGGCCGCCUUCUUUCGAUCGCUUUGGCGACAAUAGCUGCAUUUGUUAUUCUACUAGCCCCGUUCGUCGUGGUUUCUUUGCAUGAAUGGAGACAAGGUUCUCCCGCCCCUGAUACUAUCCCUCCUAUCAUGCAAAACAUCCCGAUCGAACUAGACAGGAACGCCUGGUAUUACGCACCGAUCCUCCACCUCUCCCAGAUUAUUCAUCGCAUAUUCCCAUUUGCCAGAGGUUUGUUCGAAGACAAAGUCGCAAAUGCGUGGUGUGCUAUACACACUUUCUACAAGCUGAAUCGCUUCCCGUCGGAUAAGCUGCAACAAGUGUCUCUUGGUGCCACUCUUGGCUCCAUCUUGCUCCCUUGUUUGGUAAUAUUCCGCUACCCUCGGUCACAACUCAUCUUGCCAGCUUUAAGUAGCUGCGCUUGGGGGUUCUUCCUGUUUUCUUUCCAGGUACACGAAAAGAGUGUUCUACUGCCCUUACUUCCAAUGACCCUUCUUCUCGGAGGCGGAAGCGGCCUGAAUAAAACAUCCCGAGCAUGGAUUGGCUGGGCAAAUGUUCUGGGGUCCUGGACAAUGUUCCCGUUGCUGAAGCGAGAAGGGCUGGCAAUUCCUUACUUUGUCAUGACCUUGCUAUGGGCCUAUCUACUUGGCUUGCCUCCUACAUCAAUUGAAACUUACCGAUCACGAUCUGCCAAGGAACCAACGGUGCGCAUUCUCACCACACUCAUCCACUUUGCUUUCUAUCUAAGCAUGGUGGGCUGGCAUGUCCUCGAGGCCUUUGUGCCCCCGCCAGAGAACAAGCCCGAUCUGUGGGUUGUGCUCAAUGCCCUCAUUGGUGCCAGCGGGUUUGCGCUGGCCUAUCUGUGGUCUGUCGGAUAUCUGGUUGGACAAGCUUGGACAAUUGGGACCGGGCCUUCUGCAGACACAGCCAAGAAAACACAAUAA